AUUAAAGUAUAAUGGUUAAAUACAAAAUUAACUGAAUAAAAUUUAACUGAAAGUUAAAUUUGUAUCUUAUACUUACAGAACUUAUAUAUUUGUCUUGUUUUUGUGCUUGUACAUUUGGACUUAUGUAUUAACUAAUAUAUUCGUCUUUGUAUUAGACACUUAAUGAAACUGUAUUUGUUCUAUAAAAUCAAAUUUAAUUGUUUCUAGAAAAUAAAACAUUUUAUUAAAAACGGUGUGCAUAAUUUAUCAUAUUGAUUAAUUUAUAUUUUGUUUUCAAUGAUGGACUUUGAAAAAUUAAAGGAAAAAGUCUUUGAAGACGCUCAUAAAGGUAACAUUGAUCUUGUCAUAAAAUCAAUUGAAGAACAUCAAUGUCUAUUAAAAGAAGUUGAUGUAAAUAAUCGUUUACUUUUGCAUUGGGCAUCACUAGGAGGACAUGAUAGACUUGUGCGAUAUCUUCUUGAAAAUGGGCAAUCUGAAAAUUCAAAGGAUGAUAUGGAAACUACACCAUUGAUAUUAGCUGCAUCUGCUGGUCGAAUUGAUACUGUAAAAACUCUAGUUGAUUAUGGUGCUGAUAUUAAUGCUAAAAACCAAGAAGGUCAUUCUGCUCUUCAGUAUGCAGCUUCAAAAGGUUGGACUGAAAUAGUACGAUAUUUAAUUUCCAAAAAUGUUGAUGUAGAUAUAACUGAUAAUCGAGGAGCAACACCUUUGCAUAGAUGUGCUUCAAAAGGAAAUAUAGCUAUAUUAAAACUAUUAUUAGACUCGGGUGUACAUGUUGAUGCAAAAGAUAACUAUGGAAAUACACCAUUUUUAUGCAGGUCAAAAUUUCUUUGGUAAUUUGAACGAAUUUUGUCCAAUCAAUUGACAAUCAAGCCAACCGUAGUUUAUAUAUUUGAGGUGUUGUACAGCAAAAUCUCCUUUAUUACUAUUUUUUUAUAACUUUAAAAUACAUAUAAAAGUAUAUUCAUAAAUUUUUCAUGUAUAUUGAAAUAAACAAUUCUGUAUUUUAAAAUUAUGAAAUACUAGUGCAAUAUUGUUCUCUAUACAGUCACUAUGAACUCGUAAACAAAAACACACUGCAAUAUUGAUAAUUAGAUCGAAUAGUAUAAAACUAUUGUUAAUUUAUAAAUGUGUACAUCUAAAGUGUAAUAUACAUAAAAAUAUAAAGAGAUAAAAA